UUAUCUAUCGGCACGCAGUAGUACGUAUCGUGGGGUCAAGCGAGCCUGGUUUACCUCCUGCCAGUCGUUUUUCUGCUUCACACUUUGUCCACCUGAUAAGUCAGAAGAUCUAACAGCUCAUUGCUCAAUGCUCGACGCCCUACCAAACAUAACAGGAGAUCUUGAAUAUUCGAUAUAUACGUAUUUUGACUGCACGGCGACAUGUACUCGGACCGACAAUUUCUGCUUCUUCUUGUCUUUCUUUUCUUAUAUUAUACUGUAAUUUUCGUUUUACCAGUUCAUUUUUUUCGACUGGAUUUACCCCCAGGGUUACAACAUGGGUAAUGACAUUGAAAUGUGCGGCAAAGACUCGAUCUCUACGGCAGUUGUAGAGCCCACGACGUUUCCGGUUUUGGGCACGAAGUUAGAUGAUGAUAUACCCAAAUUCAGCGAUCCCGAAAGAGACGCUGUCUUUGGUGAGCACAAAGAGGGACAGGUUAAUUAUAAAUCCGUUGGAAUGCUGAAGUCAGUUGUGUUGAUGAUUAAACUAACGAUUGCUUUGGGCGUAUUGGCCAUGCCUCAAGCCCUUUUGGAUGUUGGGGCUGUACCAGGAGUGAUCAUUAUCAUUGCUGUGGCGUUGUUGACCACUUGGAGUGGCCUUGUUGUUGGUCAGUUUAAGCGAAACCACCCUGAAGUAUAUUCGAUGGAUGGUGUGGGCUAUGUUCUUGCAGGGAAAUGGGGUCGAGAAUUCUUCUCUUUCAUCUAUCCACUUUUUAUGGUUUUCGUAUGUGGUUCCGGUUAUGUCACGCUCUCUAUUGCCUUUAAUGCUAUCACCAAUCAUGCCACAUGUACCGUCGUCUGGACAGUGAUCGGCAUGGUCGUCACAUUAGCAUUGGCUUCUCUUCAAACCCUGAGCAAGGUGUCUGUUUUAGGGUGGAUAGGUUUUUUCUCCAUUAUGUCCGCCAUCCUUAUUAUCACCGUUGCCGUAGGAGUGGAAGAACGCCCAGAAGCUGCACCUUCGACUGGUCCCUGGGAUAAGGACAUUCACGCCUUCAGGUCUGAUGGGACGUUUUUGAAGGGAAUGGGGGCGGUAUCUACAGUCGUGUUCGCUUACUGUGGCACACCCGCUUUUUUCAAUGUAAUCGGGGAGAUGCGUGACCCAACACAAUUUAACUUGGCUCUUUACUCUGCGCAGUCCAUCUGCUCCGCCGUUUAUUUGACCAUUGGUAUCGUCGUUUAUUACUAUUGCGGCCAAUAUCUUUCCAACCCUGCGCUUGGAUCUGCCGGUAUCCUAAUCAAGAAAAUUGCAUACGGCGUUGCCCUCCCUGGUCUAUUUGUCGGCUGUAUCCUUUUUACACAUGUGGGAGCUAAAAUGGUCUUUGUGAGGGUGCUUCGAGGCUCUGAUCACCUGACUGCACCUUCAUUCAUCCACUGGGCUGUCUGGCUCGGGACGGUCGGUACUUGUGUCCUUAUUGCGUUUGUUCUGGCGGAAUCAAUUCCAUUUUUUGGAGAUUUUGUCAGUCUCAUCGGUGCAACUCUGGGCACUUUCCUCUGCUUUAUUACAGAAGGCUGGAUGUGGUUGCAUGAUAACUGGGGUCACCGCAAAAUAGAUAAAUCCUUGCGCUUUAAAUCUCUCGUCGCCCUGAACGUGUUCCUCAUCGUCAUGGGCAUCUUCAUUAUUAUCACGGGUACUUGGGCUUCUGUGGUCAGCAUAAGAGACUCUUACAAGAACGGCAUGAUCACUAGCCCAUUCUCUUGCGCCGAUAACAGCAGUUGAAAUAAUUGCGGGAGUAGUGCUAGGGCCGUCGAUUGAGAAGGAAAGUGUAAUGUGGAAUGGAGUAUCGAUAUCUUCGAAAGUUGUUGUCUUAUUAGGCCUGUAAAUCAUGUAAUCAAACAUAAUGGUCAUUUAUGCAUCAG